AGACGAACGCACCUGGGUCGAAAGGGGAAUAAUGUCGGAUUGCACCAGGACUCUGAAGUGUCUCUGUGUCUUUGAAGAGGAAUAACUGGAGUUACUCGAAACUCCUGCGGGUACUUUCGAGUCCGGGAGGCGCCUGAGAGCAGAAGUUGUAACGCAGGUUCUCACUAUGGAUCAAUCCGUCGCAAUUCAAGAGACUUUGGAAACAGGAGAAAACUGCAUCAUUGCUGUCCAAUGUGACGUCUUCUUUGAAGACAUUACAGAGAGCAGACUUCUGGGAUUGGUGGAGUCUACAAAAGAGCAUGCAAUCUUUAUUUAUACCCAUCGAAGGAUGGCUAUCACUGCUGAUGACGUGUCACUGGAGGACAUCAUACCCAUCUCCCUCGACUUUGCUGUCGUGGAGGUUUCCUCACCAGAGGAACUUGCGAUCGUGGGUGCUGACACUAACGUGAGAGUCAGCUACCAGGAAGACGAAUUGGAGCUCAAACUUCCUUUUGGUUCCCACUCACGGCUCUUCCUCAGUGAGGUCAUCAGGGCGUGGAGUGAUGUUUGCAAGUCAACCACACCGGCACCCAAGUUCGAAUGGACCAGCAAGUACGACAAAGCCAUCAGAGGCGCAGUUGCCAAAAAGGCCCUUGCGCCCCUGGGCACAACACUCACUCGACUCAACCACCACCGGAAAACAGAGAAAUCGUCAGACGAAAACGGAAAAGGUGCCAACAGCGGCACGCCGAAGUCCAAACACGCCUAUUCCGGCCAAGAGAGUCGCGAGGAUCGCGAUGACCUGGUGCGCUCCUCCAGCCACACCACCGCCAACAAAGCUCAGAUACUGGCCAUGCCGCAGUUUGGCCUGCGAGACAACCUCAUCAAGUGUGAGCUGCUGAAGAAUGAGGUCAAUUACACUUACACAGAGGACUUCAGCUUUUUUCUCGGCACAUACAAUGUGAAUGGACAGACGCCAAAGGAAAGCCUCCGUCCUUGGCUGAGCUGCACUGCGAACCCUCCUGACAUGUACUGCGUGGGUUUUCAGGAGCUUGACCUGAGCAAAGAGGCUUUCUUCUUCAAUGACACCCCCAAGGAGCUGGAGUGGACAAAGGCUGUGUCGGAGGCCUUGCAUCCAGAUGCCAAGUAUGCCUUAGUGAAGUUGGUGCGACUGGUUGGCAUCAUGCUGAUCUUCUAUGUGAAGAAGGAAUAUGCAGAGUUCAUCUCUGAUGUGGAGGCUGAGACUGUGGGCACUGGCAUUAUGGGAAGGAUGGGAAAUAAGGGUGCUGUGGCCGUCCGUUUUCGCUUCCACAACUCUGAUAUCUGCGUGGUCAACUCUCACCUCGCUGCCCACAUUGAAGAAUACGAGAGACGGAAUCAAGACUAUAAGGACAUAUGCGGUCGUCUCCAGUUUCGCCAGCUAGACCCCUCCCAGCCUCAACUUACUAUCAUGAAGCACGAUGUGAUUUUAUGGAUUGGAGACCUCAACUACAGGAUCAGUGAACUCGACGUCUCGAACGUGAAGGAGCUAAUAAGCAAAAAGGACUUUGAAACACUGCACAGUUAUGAUCAGCUCAAGAGGCAGAUCGACGAGGAGGCUGUGUUUGUUGGCUUUGUGGAGGGAGAGAUUGAUUUCCAGCCCACCUAUAAAUAUGACACCGGCUCUGACAAGUGGGAUACAAGUGAAAAAUGCCGCGUGCCUGCGUGGUGUGACCGUAUCCUGUGGAGAGGGAAGAACAUCAAGCAACAGCAUUAUCAGAGUCACAUGUCUCUGAAGACCAGUGACCACAAACCAGUCAGUUCCCUGCUCGUCAUCGGGAUCAAGAAAGUAAAUGCCGAGGCCUAUAAGAAGACCUUUGAAGAGAUUGUACGCGUUAUAGACAAGAUGGAGAAUGAGUGUAUUCCAUCGGUUACUUUGUCCAAGCGAGAGUUCCACUUUAAGGACGUGAAAUACAUGCAGCAACAGACGGAGAUGCUGAGCCUCUUCAAUGACGGCCAGGUCCCUUGUCAGUUUGAGUUCAUCCAAAAGCCAAAUGAGCCCACAUACUGCAAACCAUGGCUCACAGCCAACCCUCCCAAAGGCUUUCUUGCUCAGGGUGCUUCUGUGGACAUUGACUUUGAGGUUUUUGUGAACCGCUCGAUGGCGCCUGCACUUAACUCUGAAAAGGAGCCGAUAGAAGACAUCCUCGUGCUCCACCUGGAGCGUGGCAAGGACUACUUCAUCUCUGUGACGGGAAACUACCUGCCCAGCUGCUACGGCACCUCCAUCCAAUCAUUGUGCCAACUCAGGGAGCCCAUCCAGGACACGCCCCAAGAGACCCUCAGUGACGCGACAGAGAGCUCUGAAGAUGAGAAUGACACAAACACUGAAAAGCCUCUAGACAUUCCUAAAGAACUCUGGAUGAUGGUGGAUCACUUGUUCCGCAAUGCACUUAAUCAGGAAGACAUAUUUCAGCAACCUGGGCUCCGAAGUGAAUUUGCAGAAAUAAGGGAUUGCCUCGACACUGGCAUUCCAGAUUCUCUACCGGGCAGCAACCACUCGGCAGCAGAGGCCUUGCUUCUCUUCCUAGAUGCCCUCCCAGAGCCUGUGGUUCCUUACUCCUUCUACCAGCAGUGCCUAGAAAGCUGCUCCAAUGCCAGUCAGUGUGAGAAAGUUAUUUCCAUGCUACCUCAGUGCCACAAAAAUGUGUUCAACUAUUUAGCUGCCUUUCUCCGUGAGCUGUUGAAGAAUUCUGCAAGCAAUCGAUUAGACGUCAGCAUCUUGGCCACCAUUUUUGCGUCCUUGCUCCUGAGGUCACCUACCAAGCAGGAUCUCGCAGAAAAGAGGAAAACUCAGGAGUUCUUCCAGCACUUCCUGGCCCAAUGCGCCUCCUAGACGGAGGACCCUCUUGUCCUGUAUGCUGAAGCUGAACACUAAAAACUGUACAGUCCAGUAUUUGAAAUAAACUUCAAUGAUUUCUUAUAUUCUUAGAUGGCUCUUUGUAUAGAUAUGUAGUAUAAUUACAAUAAUGACUCGUAUCUGAUAUUAAUUGUUUCAUUCACAGCGACGUUUGUGAUCUUUGAAUGCAGUUUAUUUUAUACCAUUGAGCAUCUGUAGAGACGUAACAAUUUUUAAAUGUAUGUAUAUUUUAUUUAAACAAAAAAAUGAUGUAUUUUAAUGUUUCUGAUCUCAACCGCAAGUUUUAUACAUAAAAUGGUCAGAAACAGUG